UCCAGCUACUGCGGGCCGGGAACUCACGGCGUACGUUAGCGAAACCCUGGAUUUCAAUUUUCUAUUUUCCGCUUUCCACAGAGAGAGAGAGAGAGAGAGAGAGAGAGCAGCAGCAGCAAAUGGCUUCUUCUACUAGCACGAGGGAAAGCUACAGAAGCGAGCUCCGUACAGCGAUCCGUCAGCUCGGAGAUCGCUGCCUCUACUCAGCUUCCAAAUGGGCAGCAGAACAGCUGGUCGGAAUCGAGCAAGACCCGGCAAAAGUCACCAAUUCCCACCACCACCACCACCAGACCCGACUCCACCGCAGCAGCGGCAGAACCACCUCCAGUACCCGCCACCGCAGAUUCCGCCCUGCUGACAUCGCAUCCACCCCUCUAGCAGGCGUCUCCUACAUUGGCACCCCCGUCCUCGAAGAAGAACAGGAUGACGUCGAGAUUGACUACUUUCUCCUUGCCAAGUCGUACUUUGACUGUCGGGAGUAUCGACGGGCCGCUCACGUCCUCCGCGAUCAGAUCGGGAAGAAGGCCAUCUUCUUGCGCUGCUACGCUCUCUAUCUGGCUGGAGAAAAGCGGAAAGAGGAGGAGAUGAUAGAACUCGAUGGAUCCUUGGGCAAGAGUGACACUGUGAACAAUGAACUCGUUUCUCUUGAACGGGAGUUAUCAGCACUCCGCAAAAGUGGUGCCAUUGACUCCUUCGGCUUGUACUUGUAUGGCGUUGUAUUACGAGAGAAAGGCAGUGAAGAUCUCGCCCGGACUGUCCUUGUGGAAUCUGUGAACAGCUAUCCUUGGAACUGGAGUGCAUGGUCAGAGCUUCAGUCUCUAUGCACCACCCUCGAUGUAUUAAACAACCUUAACCUCAAGAACCACUGGAUGAAAGACUUCUUCCUAGGGAGUGUAUAUCAAGAGCUCAAGAUGUACAGUGAUGCUUUGUCAAAAUAUGAAUAUUUACAGGGGAUUUUCCGUUUCAGCGACUACAUUCAGGCUCAGAUUGCAACGGCUCAGUAUAGCUUACGGGAACUUGAUGAAGCGGAACUCCUCUUUGAAGAACUUCUAAGAAACGACCCUUAUCGUGUGGACUCCAUGGAUAUAUACUCAAAUGUGCUGUAUGCGAAGGAGUGUUUCUCUGCUCUGAGUUACCUAGCCCACAGGGUAUUUUUGACCGAUAAAUAUCGGCCUGAGUCUUGUUGCAUCAUUGGGAAUUAUUACAGUUUGAAAGGGCAGCAUGAGAAAUCCGUCUUGUAUUUUAGGAGGGCGUUGAAACUCAACAGAAAAUAUCUAUCGGCUUGGACAUUGAUGGGUCAUGAGUAUGUGGAGAUGAAGAACACCCCAGCUGCAGUUGAUGCAUAUCGCCGGGCCGUCGAUAUAAAUCCACGGGAUUAUCGUGCCUGGUAUGGGCUGGGGCAGACAUACGAGAUGAUGGUCAUGCCCUUUUAUGCACUUUAUUACUUCCGGAGAGCUGCAUAUUUGCAGCCAACUGAUGCCCGGAUAUGGAAUGCCAUGGCCCAGUGCUAUCAGUCCGAGCAACUUCAUAUGCUUGAGGAGGCAAUAAAGUGCUACAAAAGGGCUGCAACCUGUAAUGACAGAGAAGGGAUAGCGCUCCACCAGCUAGCAAAGCUGCACAGCGAACUCGGGUUCUCUGAACAGGCAGCAUUUUACUACAAGAAGGAUUUGGAAAGGAUGGAAGCGGAAGAGAGGGAGGGGCCUAAUAUGAUUGAAGCUCUGCUUUUUCUUGCUGACUACUGCAAAGCUGAGAAAAGAUUUGAGGAAGCGGAGGUGUAUUGCACUAGGCUUUUGGAUUAUACGGGCCCAGAGAGAGAGACAGCAAAGAAUAUCCUAAGAGGAUUGAGAAUAGCGCAGUCAGGUUUCCCCUCAAUGGAAGUUGACCACUUCACUCCAUGAACUUCACUUUCUGCUUUGAGAAAUGGUGAAGAUCUGCUAAGCAUGGUAACAAAAAAUCAUCAUUCAGAAAGGAAAAAAGAGAGGAGAAUCCAUUACAAGUAUGCCUCCACCAAAUAUUCUCUUUGCCCAAACUAGGCCCUGAUGAAGAGAAAAAAGAAGAAAAUGUGUCAGAGAUCAGAUCCUAGCAGCAAGAGAGAUCCAAAAUCUCACUCCAAGAGAGGAUGGAAACGAGCUCUAAAUUUAUAUACAUGUGUAGAACACCCAGAUUAAUGCAUGUAACUCACAU